GAUCACUAAUUAUCCAGUCAAAAUGGAGAGACAUUACGACAAUAUCGACCGUGAUUCUAGUCAUUACGGCUAUAGUGUAUUUUAGUAUCCACUUCGCAUACACUUUCUGCAACGUUCAGAAUCUAUUGAAAAUGACCGUCAAAUCACAAUGGACAGAUUACAGGUCAUUAUCGAAAGUUGGUGGACCGGGACAGUACAUCGAUCGUCAUAAAAUGGCAAACAUGUCGUUUGUACAGAGUCCACGGCGACAAUGUUGCUGUUUUGAUUCACCGAUUUUUGACAAAGGCUGCUUAUUAUGAAGGUCUUUUGACAAAAUAUUAUCAGUGUUAUAGAAAGCGUUUAGAAAGUGAUUGCUAAAAUCCCCUUAUGGCUAUUCUAUCAAAUACGUUACAUUCAAGAAAUUUCUUCCUACCACUCAUUCAUUCAGUACGGAGCCCGAGAGGGGACAUGCAUGAACAUUUUUUUUUUAGUAAGUCGUUCCCACCACUUAUAAGUCGUUACCACCACUUAUAAGUCGUUCCCACCACUUAUAAGUCGUUACCACCACUUAUAAGUCGUUCCCACCACUUAUAAGUCGUUCCCACCACUUAUAAGUCGUUCCCACCACUUAUAAGUCGUUCCCACCACUUAUAAGUCGUUCCCACCACUUAUAAGUCGUUCCCACCACUUAUAAGUCGUUACCACCACUUAUAAUUCGUUUACUGCGUCUGGACUAAAUUCUUCGUAAGGCCUAUGCUAGAGCGAUUUAGAGUCGAUUCAGAGUCAUCUUCUUUAAAACUACUGACUUUGUUCUGACCAUUUUAGCCAAAAAUGGAUGAACGAGAGCAAGAACGAAAUGCAGUGAUAAAGAUAUGCUUUGAAAUGGGACUCAUGUACAAAGACAUAGUUACGAUUCUUGCCACAGAGUGUGGAAUUGUAAUUUCUUUCCGUCAUUUGAAAAGGCUGCUCAGACAGCAUGGCCUGUCAAGGAGAAAAAACUACAGUGACAUCGGUGAGGUUGUAGACUUUAUUCUAAAGCAGGUCGAGGGAUCGGGUCGUCUGCAUGGCUACCGAUGGAUGUUUGAAAAAUGUCGGGCACAUCAUAUCAAUUGUAAAAAGGAAGAUGUAAGGAUAAACCUUGGAGUUGUCGACCCAGAAGGGACAACUCAGAGGAGAAGGAGAAGACUGAGGCGACGUCAGUAUUCAUCCAAAGGGCCAAACUUUUUGUGGCAUCUGGACAGCUACGACAAACUGAAAGCAUUUGGAAUAUGCAUUAAUGGCUGCAUCGAUGGGUUUUCCAGGAAAAUAAUGUGGAUGAACGCCUACCACACUUCAUCAGACCCGAAGGUGAUUGGAGGGUACUACAUAGAAAAGGUGUCAGACAUCGGAGGAUGUCCAUCUGUUGUACGUGGGGAUCUAGGUACCGAGAAUGGAUAUGUGCGUGACUUUCAAAGGUUCUUCCGUGAGGACGACGAAGAUGGCAUGGCGGGCAUUCGCAGUUAUCUAGAAGGUCCAAGCACCGCCAAUCAAAGGAUCGAGUACUGGUGGUCUUUCCUUCGAAGGGAGUGCAUGGAAUUUUGGAUCUAUUUUUUUCGCGAUUUGCAAGAUGACGGUGAUUUCAUUGGCAAUUUCGUAGAUGUCAAUCUCCUACGGUUUUGUUUCUUACAUCUUAUCCAGGCUGAGCUUGAUGAAGUGGUAGAUGUAUGGGAUCGGCAUCUCAUUAGACCAUCGAGGAACGUCCAAGCUCCUAGCGGCCGCCCAAACAUCAUGUUCAACUUGCCGUCUUUGUACACUACAAGAGAUUAUCUGCAUGGUGUGAGCCAGGAACGUAUGCAAGCAUGCAAAGAGGAAUGUGUUUUCAGAAAAACAAUACCAUGUGAUGAAGACAUCUUUGAACUCUGUUGCAUCGUGAUGAAUGAAGUUGGGUACGAGUAUCCAAGAGACCGACACGGUGCUCGACUUCUUUAUGUAGCUCUUCGACGUGAGAUAACACACUUGCUUAACAAUUAAUUCUGUCUGAAGGUGCAGCAGCUAUAGGUUCAAACCAACUUAACCAAGGAAUACAAACAAUGCCUGUUCAUGUGGGUGUGUUUUAAGUUUUUCCUUUUUGUUCUUCUUAAGGAAAUAAGCAUAGUCUAAUUGCCUUCUCGCCAAUCAUUGGUUUUGUACACAGUUUGACCUAGAUUAUCUGGCCACUAUCUGGCAAGGAAUUUUUUUUCCUCACUCUUUGCUUCAAGAUUGAGGGAAAGUUUCUUACUUUGUUUUAUUUAAAUUUUGUACAAACAAAAUGAAACAAGUCUGGAACAAAAGCUUGCCAUUUAAAUGUAUAAGUUUGUUCAUAUACCAGUUUAAUUAAGUAAUAGGAUAUGCUCUAUAUAGAGACAUGUUGUCUAGGACUUGUCUCUCAUAUAUGGCCAAAUCAAUUAUCUGGAUGAAGGCCGGUCCCGACCAGAUAACCGAGGUCGAACUAAAAUAAUUCAGCAAUGAGUCAAUGGAGGUUUACAUUUCAAAGUGAUGGACAAGUAUUGAUUUCUUGUAACUUUUUAUUGAAAGUAGAAAAAAAGAUUGACACAGAUCUCGGUACAAAAUCUAUAAGGACUACAUAGGCACUCUGUAGGCAUCUUAAGCAUUUUAUUGAAGUUUUUCAUACUCAACUUUCUUACUGCUUUGUUCGCCUUGGACAUAUUGUAAUUGUUCUGUUCAUGUCAUAUUACUACAUGUAAUUAAAUCAACUUGAUUAUCUUCCA